CAUCGUCACUGGUGUUGGUGGCCGUGAGCGGGAUUAGAACUCGGGUGGCCGGGUUCCUAGCGCAGCGCGCAAACGCUUCAACAUCGCUCCCCACGAACAAAAGGCAAAGAUCCCCCGUGUGGCCUGAACAGACUUGGGACAAGUGCAUCCAUAAACACGCACGCAACACGCCACUUUGCCAGCUUCCACCCCACUCCCCACCCACCCACUCGGCCAUGAACACGGAGUCCGAACACCGCACAGAGAGAUCGCAGCCAUGCGGCCCCUACACGCCUGCCUCGUCUGUGUCAUCACCGCCCUCCUCCCACACACCUGUUGCCCAGGUGCUGCGGAGGUGGUUUUGAAUCGGCGAGAGGCAACCAGUUUCUUGAGUGCCAAGACGUCGGCUCGACCAUCAGCUUGGCAUCAGCAGGGGCAGCAGCAGCAGCAGCAGCCUCACCGGUACCGGCGUGCCAAACCGGUGAGAGAGAUCCUGGAGGAGAUCAGGCCUGGCUCCCUGGAGCGCGAGUGUGUCGAGGAGACGUGCACCAUGGAGGAAGUGCACGAGAUCACGGGCGAUACACGCAAGACGAUUGAAUUUUGGAACAAAUAUGACGGAGAUCAGUGCGCAUCGAGCCCCUGUCAGAACAAUGCCACCUGCCACGAUCGGAAGGGCCGAUACAUCUGCACGUGCGACGAAGGAUGGGAGGGCAUCAACUGUGAGCUGGGCAAACGCACGUGCGCCGAGGACAACGGGGGUUGCGACCACUUCUGUCUCCCCGCGGACGACAAGGGCAGCCGCAAGUGCGAGUGCGCCGCCGGCUACACGCUGGCGCCCGACGGCAUGGCCUGCAACCAGUCCGUGGACAUCCCGUGCGGGAAGAUCCUGGUGCGUUCUCCCUCUCCCAUCAUCUCGCCCUCGGAGGAGACGUUGACGACGGGGCAGGCCAACCACACGGCGGUCACGGAGCCCGAAAGGGGCCCGUUCCUCACUCCGCGCAUCACGGGAGGGCAGAUCUGCACCAAGGGCCACUGCCCCUGGCAGGUUUUGCUCAUUAAAGGCACCAACAAGGCAUACUGUGGGGGCACACUGAUCCACCAGCAAUGGGUCCUCACAGCUGCGCAUUGCGUCUCCGUUCAAGAGAAGUACCCCACGUUUGUCCGACUGGGCGACCACUACCGCAACAAGCCAGAGCCUGAGGAGCGCAACGUGGCCGUGGCGGAGAUAAUCGCUCACCCGCACUUCAACCUGCGCACCUUCUACAACGACAUCGCCCUGCUGCGCCUGCGGAACGCCGUGGGGCUCAGCCCCUACAUCGUGCCCGCCUGCCUACCCGACCCGCGCGCGGCCGAGAGGAGCCUCUUGCUUCCCGGAGUCCGCGCGGUGGUCAGUGGGUGGGGCCGAACCCUGGAGCAACCAGGGUUUAGUGGCUCCGGCAGGCAGUCGGUAGGCAACGAAGAGCAAGAGGUCUCGGUCGAGCCUGCUCUCCCCGAGGUCUCGGGCCACUCGUGCGUGGAAAGCCAAGGAGGACACCAAGUCAACCCGGAAGAAGUCGUUCCGUGUGAUCCCCCAACCAGAGGAAACGACGAAAACAAUGGCACUUCAGCUGGUCCCAGCAACGAAGAUUUGGCCAGAUCCAAUGGUCGUUCUGCAAACCCGAACAUUGGAGGUCAAAGGCCUCCGGUUAAGGCGCCUCCCAUCAAACCGUGGAGUCCCAAACCAGCGUCGCAAAAGCCCAACAAACCCAGCAGCGGCGGCGGCGGCGGCGGCAGCAGCGUCAUCGCGGCAUCCGUUCUGGGCCAAAGCGACAUGUCCCCCGUGCUCCGUUUCGCCCGCGUCUCGCUCGUGUCGCACGAGGCGUGCAUCAACACCUCCCGCUUCGCCGUCACGCGCGACAUGCUGUGCGCUGGGCCGGGGACGCCGUCGGGGGCCAACGGGGGCGCCCCACAAGCGGACGCUUGCGACGGGGACAGCGGGGGCCCGCUGGUGGCCCCGCUGGUGGCACGGGGACGUGACCGUACGUGGUUCGUGAUCGGCCUCGUGAGCUGGGGGGAGGGGUGCGCGCUGCCGGGCAAGUACGGCAUUUACACGCGCGUCAGCCGCUACGUGUUGUGGAUCGAGAGCAGCAUCAGGGCAGCGGAGGCGGGACGCGUCGGUGGCAGUCGAGGAGCGUGACGAUGAGAAGGAGAGAGUGGACAGGCAGCGGGCUUUGGAUGAGAGGUUAGGGGCAGCUUCUGGGUAGGCCGGGUUUAAGGAAGAUGAGACCCAAAAGCCAAACGGCUCUUCUCUGUGAACUACACACUAAUAAUGUGACAUUUUGCUCCCCACGCGAUUUGACGAGUUUGUCACGACUCUGGGUGCCGAUUCGAUUCGAGAAUUUAUUCUGGAGAUGGCUGUGGGUGGCUUAGAGGUGAGAGCACUGAGCUAGCACCAUUGAGAACCUGGAUAUGAAUCUGGGUUUCAGCUGCCCAUGAUUAAACGGUGUUCUCAAGUAUAAAGAUAUUAUUGUCUCAGUCUGAUCACGUAAAAAAAAACAUUUAGUCUGCCUUUAAAUUCGCUAAAUUCCACCUUUGAGAAUCCAAAUGAUAGGUUAGACUUCCACGCGACAAUCUCAUAGCAGUGUGGAAAAGUGCGGCCAGGACCGUGUCAAAGAUUUUUAUUAAAGGCCAUUGUGGAUUUUUUUGGGGGAAAAUCUUGGCAACCUCUUUUGCAGUUAUUCUCUGACAUGGGAUUGCUUGCACCCACUCGAGUUUGGAGCUUUGUUCGCGAGAUGAACAAGACUUCAAAAUCACUACUAGGUGCUAACGCUCUAGUAAUGCUACUGCAUUGAAAUAUUAAGACAAAUAGGAGGGGUGGCUCGUUGAUGUCAUGCUAUUAUAUUUUAAAAUAAGCAAUAUUUAAAAAUACUUUUUUUUAAACAUCCUUUAAUGAAAUAUACCCAACUAGUAAUUGCAGAACUCCACGACUCCAGGAAGUGGCCCCGAAGCUUGCCACAACGUAAGGGGCCGUGGCCAAUUACAGCCAACGUCAGUUGAGCGUGGACAAUUAGACCCAAGCCGAAAUAUAACAUAUAAAAAAAAAUUAUGAUAGAAUAUAGUAUUAUCAUCAGUAUGACAUAAGUAUACUAAGUUUGCAGUCGAUACCACAUUUGGAAGUGGGUUAAAAUUGAGUUACAAGAUUUGAGUAUACAAAAACAACGACAGAGUGAGUUAAUAAAAAGCGUGUCAUAAAAAAAGCUCAACACAAGGGCCAUUGCCUGAAACGUGACCUAUUAUGUUUUUUCAUUUUAAGGACACAGUGUUGUUGAAGAAUGUCCAGCUUUGUUUGUAUUUGUCCUUUGUACACCUCUGCACAAAGCAGCACGGACAACUAAUGUUUCUUUGUGCCAUUAGAGUUGGCCUGGUCAUACAGCAUUACUUUCAUAUUGCUCAAGCUUGAAACUCUCGUACAGGUCGCACAAAAGACAAAGGCUAUGUGGGUAUGUACAAGAUAAGAGCCGUUUGAUUGCGGGUUGUGUCUUUCUUUAACGUGUCAAGGGGUAGGGUUAGGGAUAGACUUAAAGAGGAAACAUAGGUUUUGGGGUCUGGGUGUGUGGUUUGGUUACAGACAACGCACGCUCACAAUUACUUUGAGAGACGAGGAGAGGAGCGAAUGUGACCGGGAUUCACAGCGUUCAGCAGGGAUCUAUCCACCAGAGACCCGGAGGGGUCGAUCGCAUUUCGAGAGACAUCUUAAAGAUCCGUAAGGAAACGGAGCCUGGGCUAGGCACCGGCUGGAUGGGAGGAUGGCCGAUGGACAAAGGUGGCGAUGGAAGAGCAGCCAAAGGAGGGAGGGGUACCCGAGAUGAUGACCACGGUGGUGGAGAUGGGGCGAUGUAAUCAGUUCUUGCGGAGGAGUGAGAUUGGUUGUGGUAUUGUCGGGCCUUGAAUGUUAAAUAUAUCGUGGCCUUCAUCCAGCAGUGGAUAGACCAGGCUCAUGAUGAUGAUAGUUUUGGGGAAGACCUGUAUGCUGUUGGCUAGUGUGGUUAUGAUACAACUAAUCGAAAUUGAUUCUGAGUUAUGAAAUAAAAAGUAAAGUGUAUUUACAACCUA